CUUAUCUUAAAUUAAAAAAAAAAAAAAAAAAAAAAAAAAAAAUUUGUCUGUCAGUUAGGCCGACUCUCUCCAGUCUCCAUUUCUUCUUCACUUCUUCCUCUUCCCUCCAAACUUUUUACAAUUUCAUGGACUCCAACCCCAAGCCUCGCCCUCGUCCCAAACUCGACCGACGAAACGCCAUAAAAAACAUUGAAUACGACGCUUCCUCUUCUUCUUCUUCUUCUUUCGACGACCACCACUCCUCCAAUCUCCGUACUCGCUCACUCGAUUUAUCCCCUUUGACCGAUCACAAAACCAGCUUUCGAAUUAAAGGCGUCGACGGCGAAUUCGACCUAAUUUGCCGCUCUUUGGGCCUCUCCGGCCCCGAAGAUUUCGCUAUUCCUGCCGCCGCUUGGGAGGCCCGAAAGGCGGCCCGCUCUUCUUCCGAAUUUAUCCCCAAUUUACGAUCUCGGUUGAGUCAAGGUGAGGAUUUAGUUCAACGGGAUGAGGGUUGCGAAGCUGAUGCCUCAGUUGAUGAGCCUCCUAGCGGUUUGAUUUCGGUUACUGUGGGGUCCAGUAACGGAAUUAACGGAGAUCGGCCGCCGGCGUUGGCGCCGCCUCCGGCGAAGCUACGGCCGGUUCUUGAUAAUUUUGGCUCGACUUGGGAUAUAUUGAAGUCGUUUGCUCCUGAGUCGGAUGAGGAUUCUUUGAACUCGCCUUUUCGAGUAGGGUUUAUUAGUUCUUUGGAUGAAAUUGAACGAAAUGAGCAGAGAUUAGGAGAAGCUCAUGACGAUGAUGAUGAUGGCGAUGAUGAUGGUGGUGGUGAUGCUGUUGGUGAUGUUAUUAAGAAUCAAACUCUUAGUUUGGUCUUGGAGCCAGUGUAUAGUGUUUCUCCGCAUGGGAAAUUUAGAAGAAGUAUUACAUCGUGGCAAAAGGGUGAGCUUUUGGGAAGUGGGUCUUUUGGGACUGUUUAUGAAGGCUUUACAGAUCAAGUGCAGAUCAUAGCCUACAUAAUGCUUUUGAUUACAUUAGCGUUGGAUGGAUAUUUGUUCCUUGUCCUCUUCUGUUGAGGUGACAAAGCUGCUAAGAGCCUGAAAAAUGUGCAAUAAAAGAGGUACUUACAGGUUUAGAUAUUUUGAUGGACCUGAUAUAAUCCAGAGGUACACACUCAAGGGCAAAGGGGGCAAAAAGGGCAUUUGAUAUGGGUACAGGUGAAUUGGGUUGUUAUAACAGGUGGCCUAGGUUGUUAGAUAGAAUCUUGGGUGACAGAAUAAAGGACAAAAGAAUGUGGUGAUAGGAUCAUUCUCUGAUUUUGGGGUAAAAGGUUUAGCGAGGUUGCUGGCCCUCGAAGACCAGCUGGGUGUUCCUUUCUUAUCUCUUUGCUGUCUUGUAAA